CACCAACCAAAACAAUGAAACAUGGGAAAAAAUAGCGCUGAAUUUCCCAGAACUCCCAAGCAGCUGAACACUGCAUAUAUAAACUUAAAAAGGGUCACUCGCCAAAAAAUAGCAGAGGAAAAUAUUCAAAAAUAUAAUGAGCAGAAGGUUUUGGACCAGUUGAAGAGAGACCAAACUGCGGACAAAAAAGACAUACUUGCAACAGGUGGUGGCACAUUUAGGCCUCGUCUCACAGAUGUAGGGGCACAAAUGUUGAGUUUGAUUGGCAAUCCAAUCCAACCUUUACCCAACAGUUGUGACAGUGCAUCUGGUUUCUUCACAUCUGUUGCACAAGAUAGUCAAGUGGAAGUAGAUUACCUACAAUUGGAAGACACAUAGCAGACGUCCAAUGUACCCUCUACUUCCACUGUGCUGCUCAGUACACCCACGACAACUGUUG